CAAUUUUGAAUAAUUUCGCCAAGUUUCGGACGGGAGCUUUAUACUGGUCCGGCAAGCCAUCAUCAACUGAAAUCCACAAGUAAAAAUGCACACGCUACGAUCGACCUGUGUAUUGAUCAGUAUCAUAACAGCGACACUGCAGCCAACACACAGUUUACAAAAGGGCAGACAGUCCCAGCUAGACUUUCUCUGUAACGAAUACAACAAGUACACUGUCUUGCCAUGGGACUGCACGGGGUACGUACAGUGCUCCACAGACGGUGUUCGCUGGUUCGCGCAUUGGAUGGAGUGUGCGGACCACUUAUACUGGAGCCAGACCGAGAAGACGUGUACGAUGGACGCAUCGGAAUGUGGGAACCCCCUAGACGUAGCAAGUAAAGCGUGCCCCAAAUACUCGUCAGUGACCUUCCCACACCCAGAGAGCUGUGCCAAGUUCUUCGACUGUAGUGAAGGCGACCCGCCCUACGGUCUGAGGCGAUACGAGAAUGAAUGUCCAUAUCCCCAGCUGUAUGACGUGCGGGAGGAGAGAUGUAAGCCCCCGGACCAAGUUUACUGCGGCAAGAACCCCAGACCUAGAAGCAAAUGCGACUAUGCAAAGGAAUGCGGACCAUGCGAGGGACGCCCCGACGGCGUCAUGGCGGUUCCAGAUCAACCAUUUUCCAAGAACUAUAUUUACUGCCAUUUAAAUAAGACUUAUUCACCGUUUAAAUGUCCCGGAGGAUCACAGGUCUUCGACCCACUGACCAUGAAAUGUUCCAGCGUGUACAAAGCAAGUAUUGCGACCUACUGCACACAGAAUCCUACAGCCACAUUCACCGAUGCUGCAAACUGCGCUAAAUACUACGACUGUAGGAAAAGGGUGCACUACAUUCAGUUUGACAUGUACGAGUCGGAAUGCCCCUACAAGCAGCUGUACGAUGCAAUAACGGGCACCUGUAAACCGUACAGCCAGGUCGACUGCGGUCACCGCUGGGAGCCCAAGUCCCCAUGCGAGUACAAGGUGGGCCACUGCCUGUCGAAUGGGGACAGCUGCAUCCCCUGUGACGCGGACUGUAAGCAUCAAGCUGAUGGUUUCCAGGACUACACGGCUACAGCGGAGCUAGGAGACUACCUGGAAUGUCGGGAGGGCCGCACCAUCUCCAUCAGACACUGUCCUGCCGGAUACACCUUCUCCUACAACGACUGCGUCGACAGAGCAGGUAAAACAUCUGAAUACAAUCCGACAUAUAUCAGUGACCCCUCGCCCCUCUACAACCACUGGGACGCUCCCUCAUCCCACCAGGGUGUGGCUGACAAAGGGCCAGUUGGGACCCUCGUGGCGCAAAAAGAUGGGACCUUCUCCUAUCUGAACGACCACACGUCCAGCACUGGCACUAGAGUUGAUAGUGGAACACCGACUGGCGGUAUUGGUACAAGUGGAACACCGACUGGCGGUACUGGAACACCGACUAGCGGUACUGAUACAAGUGGAACACCGACUGGCGGUACUGGAACACCGACUGGCGGUACUGGAACACCGACAGGCGGUAUUGGUACAAGUGGAACACCGACUGGCGGUACUGGAACACCGACUGGCGGUACUGAUACAAGUGGAACACCGACUGGCGGUACUGGAACACCGACUGGCGGUACUGAUACAAGUGGUACACCGACUGGCGGUACUGAUACAAGUGGAACACCGACUGGCGAUACUGGAACACCGACUGGCGGUACUGAUACAAGUGGAACACCGACUGGCGGUACUGGAACACCGACUGGCGGUACUGAUACAAGUGGUACACCGACUGGCGGUACUGAUACAAGUGGAACACCGACUGGCGAUACUGGAACACCGACUGGCGGUACUGAUACAAGUGGAACAACGACUGGCGGUACUGAUACAAGUGGUACACCGACUGGCGGUACUGACACAAGUGGAACACCGACUGGCGGUACUGAUACAAGUGGAACACCGACUGGCGGUACUGAUACAAGUGGAACACCGACUGGCGGUACUGGAACACCGACUGGCGGUAUUGGUACAAGUGGAACACCGACUGGCGGUACUGAUACAAGUGGUACACCGACUGGCGGUACUGGAACACCGACUGGCGGUACUGAUACAAGUGGAACACCGACUGGCGGUACUGGAACACCGACUGGCGGUACUGGAACACCGACAGGCGGUAUUGGUACAAGUGGAACACCGACUGGCGGUACUGAUACAAGUGGUUCACCGACUGGCGGUACUGGAACAUCGACUGGCGGUACUGGAACACCGACUGGCGGUACUGAUACAAGUGGAACACCGACUGGCGGUACUGGAACAACGACUGGUGGUACUGAUACAAGUGGAACACCGACUGGUGGUACUGAUACAAGUGGAACACCGACUGGCGGUACUGGAACACCGACUGGUGGUACUGAUACAAGUGGAACACCGACUGGCGGUACUGAUACAAGUGGUACACCGACUGGCGGUACUGAAACAUCGACUGGUGGUACUGAUACAAGUGGUACACCGACUGGCGGUACUGAUACAAGUGGAACACCGACUGGCGGUACUGGAACAUCGACUGGCGGUACUGAUACAAGUGGAACACCGACUGGCGGUACUGAUACAAGUGGAACACCGACUGGCGGUACUGAUACAAGUGGAACACCGACUGGCGGUACUGGUACAUCGACUGGCGGUACUGAUACAAGUGGAACACCGACUGGCGGUACUGAUACAAGUGGAACACCGACUGGCGGUACUGAUACAAGUGGAACACCGACUGGCGGUACUGGAACAUCGAAUGGCGGUACUGAUACAAGUGGUACACCGACUGGCGGUACUGAUACAAGUGGAACACCGACUGGCGGUACUGAUACAAGUGGAACACCGACUGGCGGUACUGAUACAAGUGGAACACCGACUGGCGGUACUGAUACAAGUGGUACACCGACUGGCGGUACUGAUACAAGUGGAACACCGACUGGCGGUACUGGAACACCGACUGGCGGUACUGAUACAAGUGGAACACCGACUGGCGGUACUGAUACAAGUGGUACACCGACUGGCGGUACUGGAACAUCGACUGGCGGUACUGAUACAAGUGGAACAUCGACUGGCGGUACUGGAACACCGACUAGCGGUACUGAUACAAGUGGUACAUCGACUGGCGGUACUGAUACAAGUGGAACACCGACUGGCGGUACUGAUACAAGUGGUACAUUGACUGGCGGUACUGAUACAAGUGGGUCAACAACUGCUUCUGAUGCCAGUACUUCAACAACACUUUCUACUUCAACAAACGCUCCUACGACAUCACCGACAAUAACCACGACAACAACUGCAACUACACCAGUAGAGACAACGACAACCAUUACAACACCAACGACUCCAACCACAACAACUACAGCAACUACAACAACAACAGCAACUACAACAACUACACCGACUACAACAACAACAACAACAACAACAACGACGACAUCAACAACGACACCACCACCAACAACAUCUACCCAGACAACAACUACUACAACUAAAGAAUCCACAUCUGUAACGACUCCGACGACAUCAACACAAUCCACUACUACAACAGUGGCUACGACAACACAGCCCACAACGACACCAACGACGACCCAGCCCACCCCGUGUACCACUGCAGCGGCGCCCGAACCCGUGAUACAGUACUACUGCAACUGCACCGACGAGGUGGACGGAGCCCUGGACAAGAUCCUCGUUCUGGAAGACUUUAUGGCAGAACAGAAACAGAUCAAUGCUCUUGCUGCUCUUGAGUGCAAAAACCCUCCAACCCUUGCCCGAGCAAGCACCGAACUUCAGCACAAACAUUUUGGGUCCGAGGCUAUAUACACGUGUGACGCAGGAUUCUCAUUUUGUGGGUCACGUGCAGUUAGCACGUGUCCAGGCAACGGCACGUGGGAGCAGAUUGAUGGCGCAUGCGUACAGUCAGUGUGGAACUACCCGAGAGUGAUGUUCCGCCAGAACUUCUUGUGCCCAUUCGCCGAGGGCACAGUAAUCACGGUACAUGGGACCCCGACUCGAUUCCGGAAAUCCAUGAUCGACCUGAUCAGCGGCACCGACAAGGCUCUCCUCAUCACCAUCUGCUUCCAGUGCGGCACCACGCGCACCAAGGUGACAUUCGGUGCUGAAGAGGGAGGUGUUGGCAAGAGCUCCAUUGCCUGGGCGUACUUCCCCUUCGAGGUCGGGAAGGAGUUCAAGAUCGUCAUAUCGGUCACACAACGAGCAUACAAGAUUGAGAUCGAGGACAAGCCAGCAUUUCACUUCGAGCACGUGCUUCCGGUUCCGACUGUGGAUGCGCUGGUCAUCGCUGACGAAAUCACCAUCAGGAAAGUGACCAUAAAACCGUCCAAUUCCUUGCAAUCCUACAUGCCCGAGCUAAGCCUGGGCGUGGUGCCCCACCAGAGUAUCGAGGUAAAGGACGCGAGCUUCAUCACCUUCAAAGUCAAGUCCUGUGGGAACAUCCACUUCAAGUUGGCGACGGCGGACUCGGUCACGAGCCAGUCUUACCUCGUGUACCUGGGGGAGGAUGGCAACACCAUGUCCACCAUCCGCAAAUGUCAAGCGUGUGCCAACAUGACAGUCACGUGGCACCAGCCUCUCGAGUGUACAAAGUUCACCCCAUUCUGGGCGAGCUGGGGCGGCGGGAACAUCAAGAUAGGUGCUGGGUAUGUUCCUGGAGUCAACGCCUUCCUGGAGACGUCGGACUCCGAGUACCCGAUAAACUACUUCCUGACGGGCCAAACCGACUCCUCGGCAGCAGAAUGGAUAUUCACAACACCUAUUCACAAGUGCGGGCUCCCGCCGCCUAUGACCGACACCAACCUGUACGUGCGGGAGAACGGCCUGGUGGGGGAGGCAGUGUACACCUGUCACCUCAUGUUUACUUUCUGUGGGGAGAGUCACAUCAGCACGUGCACCGAGGCAGGCACGUGGGAGGGGCUGAAGGGGGAGUGUCUGCUGGCCACGUGGCAUAGACGGCCUAUGCCCGCGUCUAUGCCGUUCCCCUGCUCGUUUGGACUGGGCUCCGUCUUCUCUGUGUAUGGCCGGCCACUGCGACGAACUAAGUUCAGCAUCAGUCUGCGGAGUGGUGCAGACACGUUGUUGAUCGUGACAGUCGGGUUCAACCUGGGGGGAUUGACCAACACGGUUAUCUAUAACGCUAACCUGGACCAAAUCUGGGGGACUCAGGAUGAGAGCAUUCUCUUCCCCUUCCAACUGAUGCGGGAAUUCCAUCUCACCAUCACAGUGGAACAGAACUACUUCAAAGUUGCAGUCGAUGGAACUGCUAUCCACAAUUUUGUCCACCGAUCCCCGUUCGCCGCCAUCAACAGCGCCUACAUCAACGACGACAUCAUGAUACGCAAGAUACAGGUGUAUCCCUCAGAGGUGGCGGCCGUCAACUGCCAGCCCCCGACCCCCCUCGCUAACGGCAACAUCUAUACUGUCGAUACAAGCGUGGGGACGGAGGUGAAGCACACCUGUAACAACGACUUCUUCUUCUGUGGGGUGGGACACACCAUCAUCUGCGACAACACCGGCAAAUGGGAAGGCCUGGACGGUUUCUGCACUCUCGGCACCUGGAACAACAUCGGUCCCGUGCCUAAUAUGGGUUUUGUCCAGCAGUUCCCCUGUCGGUAUCAGGCAGGUCUGCAGGUCAGAGUGACCGGAAAACCCCUUCUGGACCCUACCACCGGACCCUACUUCAGUCUGCAGCUCCGAGAUGGUAGCGAGGUCACGCUAGGUAUAGACGUCUACAAGACGGAGCUCAAGAUGAACUCGAUGAUCCCCACCCCGGGGAAAGAAGAGACGGUAGCUGUCCAACCCAUCGCUGUGGGGACCCCUGUAGACUUCGCCAUCAUGAUGACGGAGUAUGAAUUUGUUAUCUACUCCGGCUACGACGAGCUCUACCGCUACAACCACCGGACCCCCGUCGCACGCGCCCACGAGAUCAUCAUCCUACCAAAUCUUGACGUCACACAAAUACAGUUCACCGUGGAAUCCUAGACCCGCAGAAGUUUGUACAGGGAUUAAAUUAUUUUAUAUAUUUAUAUAUUUUUUUUGUAUAAACAAACAACGUUUUGUGUACAUUGAAUUUAUUUUGUACAGCACCACCACCUUACUCCAGAGAUGUAUUUGUUAUCUUGUAAUGAAUCAUUACUGCACGACAUGUAUAUAAUAAAUUUUGUUUUCUGUAGACCGAAUGUUGCUACUCGUCAAUCGUAACAUUUCGAGUGAGUAUGUUUUUAUGCCGCUUUGAGAAAUACUCCUGCUAUAUCAUGGCGUAGGACACGAGAAAUUU